AUGAGCGGAUUCCCUGUUGACACCUACUUUACUAUCAAGUCGCAAAAGAACUCAUCCCUUUUGACCGUCAAGUCUGGUAGCAGUGACGCUGCUGCCAACGUAGUCAUUUCUGCCCAGAACGAAGGUGAUGAUAUUGAUAGCCAGUUGUGGACUUACGACGAUGGAUUCAUUCAAAACAAGAAAUCAGGAUUGGUGUUGGAUGUUGCUGGAGGCGACUUGAAAUCGGAAGCCAAUGUCAUCCAAUAUGACCGCAAAAUGACCAUGACCUUGAACCAACGUUUCGGACAUCGUGAUGGCUUUAUUUAUGCUCGUGCUGAUCCUCGCUUGGUGCUUGAUAUCAAGGGUGCUGAGGAUAAGGAUAACACUUCGGUCAUUCUUUACAAGCGUAAAACGGAUAUCGAUAAUGCCAACCAGCAAUGGAAGGUCGAGCCAUAUGAAGGCUAA